UCUGCUUCCACAGCAGAAACUUGGCGUGUGGCAUGUUUGACCAUGUCGAAACGCAGCGUGUGUUUAUUGUUCGCUUGCACUGUUGUUUCUAUCCAGGAGAAAAUUGAGUGUGGCAGCUUAGUUGGCUGAUUUCCAAGAAACUUUCAUUAAGUGGUGAUGAUGACCCUCCAGGAGGUCUUCUGGGUCCACAAACCAAAGUAUAUAACACGCGCGACCGUGAGACAGCUCGACCAUCAACUUUCCCCAAACAAGAUGUUUGUCGUUACUUUACUCGCGGUAAUACCUGCGAUAAUAAACGCUCAUCCAUUUGAUGAACUACACCAAUAUGUGGAUGAUCAUGUGGAGGAUUAUGUAGAGGCUUUGAGGCAGUGGGUGGCGGUGGAGAGUGACUCCAGUGAUGUCACCAAGAGGCCGGACCUACACCGCAUGAUGGACAUGACUGCAGAGAAGUUAAAAGGCAUGGGGGCGGAGGUGGAAAUGGUGGACAUUGGAACACAAGAGCUUCCUGAUGGCACAACCCUCCCUCUCCCGAAAGUGGUCACUGCCCAAAUCGGUAACGAUUCCAAUAAACACACAGUGUGCAUUUAUGGACAUGUGGAUGUCCAACCAGCUAAGAAGGAGGAUGGGUGGGCCACUGAUCCUUAUAACCUGACUGACAUCGAUGGGAACCUUUAUGGUAGAGGAGCAUCUGACAAUAAGGCUCCAGUCCUAGCUUGGAUACACGCAGUAGAGGCCUACCAGGCUCUGAAUUUGGACCUGCCAGUAAAUGUCAAGUUCAUCAUUGAGGGGAUGGAGGAGACUGGCUCCAAUGGUCUGGACUCAAUGAUAGUGGCAAAGCGGGACACAUUCUUCUCCGAUGUGGAUUACAUCAUCAUUUCAGACUGUGGUUGGCUGAGCCGGAGGCCAGCGCUUACCUAUGGUACCCGAGGAAACUGUUACUUCUUUGCAGAGGUAGAAGGACCUAAGCAGGACUUACACUCUGGGGUUUAUGGGGGCACUGUGAUCGAACCCAUGACAGACCUAAUUGGCAUCUUAGACUCUUUAAUCAGCCCCAGUGGAAAGAUCCUUGUUCCUGGGAUCAGAGAGGCUGUGGCUCCCUUCUCCGAUGAGGAAUGGAAAAUGUAUCAGGACAUUGAGUUUGACGUGGAUACCUAUAAGUCUAAGAUUGGGAUCGAUCAACUUAUGUACAACAACAAAGUGGACUUGCUGGCUCAUCGAUGGCGCCAUCCCACCGUAUCCAUACACGGCAUAGAGGGUGCCUUCUCUGCUUCUGGCUCAAAGACAGUCAUUCCUGCAAAGGUCAUUGGCAAAUUCUCCAUCCGACAGGUCCCUGAUAUGGACCCCGCCAUGGUCAAAAAGCAGGUGACAGACUACUUGCACUCAGUGUUUACAAAACGGAAGAGUCCCAACAAGUUAACAGUGACAAUGAUCAUUGGGGCCAAACCCUGGUUGGCGGACACCAAGCAUCCUCUGUAUGAGGCAGGAAUCGCUGCUGUAAAGAGAGUUUUUCAGGUGGAGCCAGAUCUGAUUCGUGAGGGAGGCACAAUUCCAAUUGCUCGGACUUUCCAAGAUGUGACAAAGAAGAACAUCAUUAUGCUUCCCAUUGGAGGCUUUGAUGACGGACUUCAUUCCCAGAAUGAGAAAAUGAGCAGGUACAACUACAUUGAAGGGACAAAGCUGUUCAUCUCCUAUCUUCAUGAAGUAGCUGAAAUCAAGUAGUAAACAUGUGUUGAAUGAAGUCUUAUAUUCUUAAAUACUGCCUAACAUUAUUCGCACUAAUAAGCAUGAUAUGGUCAACAGCUUUUAUUAAGAGGCAUCAUUUUUACUGGAUUGUUUGUGUCAGUAGGUAUCUAACUGAUCAACGGAGCAGCAUUUAUCUAUGUAUGUUUUUUUCCUGUUGAUAAUGUAUAUAGAUACAACUGCCUCAUAAAUAAAGAUGUUCUGAAAGACUG